AUGGGACUUGUGCUUCCGGGAAACAUCCAGCGCUGGUCAUUUACAUACAAAAAUGGCAUAGUCACAGAGAUGUAUGACAUUCGCGUUUCUCAUGCGCAUGGAAAUCUCAUACGGCCACCAGAACAAGGCCAGAGUAAACUCAGCAAACGACAAUAUCGACCUCGAGGCAAGAAGAAGAGCAGCCAGAAGAAUGGAGAUCCCGGUGACCUACAGUACUGGAGUCAUACUGUUCAGAUAAAUCGAACGGGAAUUCAAGUUCAGGAGGGCCGACUUGGCUCUCGUCAGACCCGGGAACCCUUCACGGGAGACACAUGCAGGAAGCUCAUCGGUUAUUCUGAUCGGAAAGGCAAGUCAAGAGCUAUGUCACUUUAUCGUAGUACUAUCAUUCAUCCCUCGGUGUACAUGCUCUAUGACGUAUACCGUUCUCUUCAAGACCACACCAACUGGCUUGCUGGAUUUAGAGAUGACUUGUUCAUAUUCCACGAUAUAAGCAUGCCGAAAGAUAUCCUUGAUCCAUGGAUUUCAGAGCCAGAGAUCCCUGCUUUAGGUAAAUGCCGCAUUUUCGUUUGUGGCAAGACGGGUGCUGGCAAGUCCACGCUGCUGAAUGCCGUCUUCGGGGUGCCAUUGACCCCAUUGAGCGAUUCUAGACCGUGUGAAAUGCACCACGUAGAUGAGGCAUUCGAGUCAGAUCGCCAUCCAGGAAUUAUCAUUCAUGACUCGCGCGGCUUUCAGAAUGGCAAGGAGGAGGAACUCACAAUACUACAAACUUUUGUGCACAGCCGGGCUAUAGAACCAGAAGAGAAUGAUCGCCUUGAUGCAAUAUGGCUUUGCAUUCCAGCCACGUCGGACCGUCGAUUCCAGAAGGCGGAACUGGCAUUCCUUGAUACCGUUCACAAAUGGCAACCCAACACACCUGUCAUACUGGUCUGCACCAAGAAAGAUCGCUCGGUGUCUAUUAUGAAAGACGAAAUUUGUCGCCAAUAUCCGGGUUUGCAAGACGAGGAUGUUAAGCAGAGGGUCAAGGAACAAUUUCUUCAGCUGCAGGCAAGGUGCAAGGAACAGAUCGACCAUCUGAAUAUCAAUGCCACCCUCGUCUUCACAUCCAUAUAUGACACAGAAACCAUUAAAGCUCUAGUGAAAACAACCAUGGAGCAGGUGCAGGCUUUUCGUCCCAACGCAGCGAGCGGGUUCAUAGCUGCCCAGAUCAUUGAUCGAGAAUUGAAAAUCCCCCUGUCAGCCAAGUCGAUUGUCGAAAUAUUGUUCCAGGAUGCUAUAGGAUGGCAUCGCAUGUUGCGCGCAUUCUUACUAGGCGACGUGAUCGUCACCCCAAUCAUCUCUCAGGCUCUCUGUAAGGAAAUAAUCGGCUGCUUCGGGCUUACCAGUGUCUCUUCAAAAAGCAUGGCCACAGUUUUGUCGCGAGUGGUUCUUUCAAAUCUGGCGAAAUUUGUGGCCCAUAGCAUUGGAAAGGAUAUCUGGAAUCUGCUUGCGGUUGGCAGUCAGUUUUUGAUGUCUAUGGGGCCUCCAAUGAUGAAAUACUGGCCCGCUGCACGUAUGAUCAUCAAAUGUGGGUGCGAUCUCAUCAUCAUAGUUGAUGGGUCAAUAGGGCUGGCCGGAUCGCUUCCAGUAACGCUGGAACAUAUCGAUCAGAUGCAGACGGAAUACGCAGUUGGCUCCGAUUCCGACGAGCGACCGCGCUUUAGGAGAGCACAUGUUCAUUCCCAAAUCGAACGAAAAUUUCCGAAUGACAAGGCAUUUUACCGCACGCUGGACAAGGACACGGCCAGUGCUGAUAUCAUUGAAAUCAUCGAGGCUGACCGCAUGCAAGUAGAAGAAGGAUCACUAUUGGCAAACAAAAGAACCUCAAACGCAACAGCCAUGAAUGAAAAAUUGGCGCCAGAUUCUCUUCUCAGGUCUGAUUUCGAGGCCCUAAGCGAAGAGCUUGAGGGACCAGGCUGGGUGGAGGUAAUGAAAUCUGUUCGACGUUCCUCGACAGGAUUCAGUGGUUCAAUCACAUUAUCAUGA